UCCCCUCCACCUCAGCCGCCCUACGUAAUCGUCCUGUACAGAGUACAUUCGCCCCCCCCCCCUCCCCAGUUAGACAAGACGACAGACACAAACAAGAAUAACGACGAAAAGCGAAAGAGAAAAAUAAAAGACGAAGAAGAAGAAGAAAAAUGUCGGCGAGAAUCCUCCUCUCCCGCACCGCCCACGCAGCGGCACGGCGCACACCAAUCCCUCGCGUCACCAACACAUCCUCGGCGUCGCUCCCAGCAGCAACGCUCCGGCACCACGCCUACGGCGCCGGGCUCGGCAUCUCCCUCGCAUUCGGCGCCACCUCUGCCGCCGGGCUUCUCCCCCCGAGCCGCAAACCGUCAUCUUACCUCUUCGACGGGCCUUUCGCUACGACAGCGACGACGACCACGCAAGACCGCGCCUUCUCCAGCAAGCGCGGCGGCGACACCCAGGGCAAGAAGCAAGGCGGCCUGGACCCGGAGCUGCUGAGCCAGUUGUCCCGUGGCAGCGUGACGGGGUUUCUCGCGGGCCUGCUGCUGAGCGUCUUCAGCAAGACCCUGGUUCUCCUGGGUGGUGUGGCGGUCGUACUGACACAGGUCGCCGCGCGGUACGGCAUCGACAUUGUGCACCAGCUCAAGCUCAAGCAGAGAAUAGGCAACUCCAAGGUGCUCUCGGCCCUCGAGCGGGACCCGGCGUUCAAGCUGUCGUUUGGCUUCUUCUUUGCCAUGUCGGCCUUUGUAGGGUUCUAGAUCCAGAAAGCCCAGAGUGCCAGCCAAUACAUGAACUGCUGCACAAACACGCAAUCACAGUCAACGGGUUAUUCAAUUCCCAAUAGCCUAAUGCCUCAUUGAUUUGCUAUGGCGAAAAUUGGUCAAAAGGGCUGUGUCUCCCGCU